AUGACUCUGGGUGAUCAAUCAUGCUUGAAAAGGCUCGUGUUCGAGUCCCAGACUCUGGUCGUUGCUGAGUUGCGCGACCAAGUAUCCGGGUCUCAAUCAUCUGCCCCUCGUCGUGUUCCCGAGGCUGAGCGCGACCGAAGACUGAACGAUCUUAGGGCGGCCCUCCCAGGCAUCACGCUGGAGGGCGUGAACAUGCCAAGCAAUGCCCUGUUGGAUUCAUGUUGUCAGCAAGAGCGAGACAACUUGCUUAAGUACAUCCCGCCUGAGAAAGCCACGAGCCGCACCCAUGAACUCACGAAUCCCAGACCGACCCAUCAGGCGCUGCAGGUCGAAGCAUCCAAGAUAGUUCUCAAGAGUGACGCUGAUGCUGUUGAGUAUCAACCGGUCAAUGCGCUCCAGACCAUGGAGGCCCUUCGGCGACGAGGUUUGGCCAUGGUGUUUGCACAGAUGAUUUCAUAUGAUGCCUACGAUGUGACACAAUUGGUUAACGCUGACAAGCAGGUGUUUGCACUGCUGGCCGAAUGGGGUGUCAAACCAAGGAGGGACACCGCAGGCGAGUAUCCCCUUGACCGAGAGAUGCACCGCGCUUUGGAAUCCUACGAGGUGUCCAUUGCCCUCAUGCACCAGGCUCCCCAAGGCAAGUUCCCGUUCAAGAAUAACCGCAAGCGUCAUCCCUCUCGGCCUUCAACCCCCGAUCCUCCUACGAAGCUCCCUAAAGGCAAAGGCCGAGGCAAAGGUGCCAAAGGUGGUCCUGCGAUGCCCAAGGAGCUUGUUGACCUGAAGGCAAAUGCCACCACACCUGAGGGUAAGAGCAUCUGUUAUGCGUUCAACUUGAAGGAGUGCAAGCGCACUGACUGCCCUCAUCAGCAUGCCGGUGGCCUUUGGAUCGAGGGAGCUGGUGAGGAGGUUUGUCCUGACCCAGGGCAUCCCGAUGCCAAGGGACAUGUUCUGCAACUGCAUGAGCCGAUCCAGUUCGAUGCGCACCGGCUGCAUGCGACAUGCCCGUGGACAGGAAAUCGCACUGUGCUAGCAGCUUUCGUAAUCAAUGAUUUCCACAAGUUGGAUGCUCAGCACCGCCAGCUUCUUCAGCACACUGCCUUUCGCUUGCCAAGCCUGUCUACUGGCGAGCUCCUGCCUUUGCGCCCAAGCAUCGCUUCACGGUUCCCAGUGGUCCUUGAAAUUUUUGCGGGUACAGCUCGUGUGACCGCAGCCUUGCGUCGCUGUGGCUUUGUCGGGGCCCAAGGUGUUGAUCACGUGGUCGUGGAUCAUGCUGCCUGUCCUGUGCUGUUGGCCGAUCUGACUACGCAAGAGGGCCAGCGUUUAACGAUGAUGUGGCUUUCCAGCCCUCAUGUUGUCGGUGUCUUCAUCGCUCCACCGUGUGGCACCAGCUCUCGCGCCCGGGAGAUUGCACUCCCUGAGCCUUCUCCCGCCCCGUUGCGAUCACUCACUUUUCCCGACGGGCUGCCCCAUCUGUCUGGUCUCAACCUGGUGCGCGUCAACAGGGCUAAUCAGCUGUACCACUUUACGACUACCAUCUGUGCUGAGGCCCAUCACCGCAACCUCAUCAUUGCCGUGGAAAAUCCGCGGAGUAGUCUCUACUGGUCCACCAGCUUCUGGGCUGCUGCGGCCUCCUUUUGUCCUAUGCAUACUGAUUUUCAACACUGUGCCUUUGGCGGUCGCCGGCCCAAGUGGAUUCGCCUUUGCCACAACCACCAAGCCUUCCAUGCUUUGCAUCGCGUCUGUCCCGGCGGUGCCUGUGCUGCCCAACAUUUGCCGUGGGGUCGUUCUGAAGACGGCUCCUUUGCCACCGCCAGUGAAAGCGCUUACCCGCCGCAGCUAGCCACCGCCAUCGCUCAGUGCUUCGCUCGAGCAGUUACUUUUCUGCCUGAGGCCGAGCCCUCCCUUGCAGCCAUGAGGGCCACUUCCGGCCUUCAGCCCAAGGCUUCUGCUGUGCCGCCUCUUGUCCCCGAGCACAAAGCUGUGCUUGUGAUGACCGGCCCAAGUGAUGCCACUUCCUUGCCGACCCUUCGCGCCCGACUGCCCGAGCCGUGGUCUGACUCGCGCUUCGCGCCUGCUGGGCCCGUGCCAGCCCACAGUCAAUUACUCCGAGCGGAUAAGAAGGGAAGUGAUCGACUUGAAUUGGCUUGGGGCAUAUCUUGGUCUCCAGAAGAGUUCAUACAUAAAGCGGUUCAAGCGGGACAUCCCAAAAAGUUUGACUCGCUACUGCCUUCCGCACUGAGCCACAGCAUAGACGUGAAUGCAAAAACAACGCCGGCCGAUAGAGCCGGCCUCAGAGCCGAAUGGUUUGCAAAGUGGACCAAACGUGCAGCUGAACUUUCGGGGGACGAAAAGAAGCUCAAGAGCUCUCUCCCCGAGUACGCCAGGAAGAUCGUCCUUCCAAAAAGGAUUUUAUUGUGGCGUGAGAUUCUAGAGGAUCUCCAAUAUCCUGACAUUGGAGUGCUGGACUUCGGAACAGCUGCGCUCCAAAGCUGUGAGUCCCGCCAGAAGAUCAUCGAUGCGAUCAAAUCGCAGGGUCACCUGGAUGAAGCGCUAGAGCAAAAGGUCGACGAAGAAGUGGAACUCGGCUGGCUGUCCGAGCCGAUAGACCCGGCCGAUUUGCCGGAAGACGCCACAAUCAGCAGGAGGUUUGCGAUCGAGCAGUCAGGUAAGAUUCGCUUGAUAGACGACCUGAGUGAUAGUGGUGUUAAUGGGUCUGUCCAAACCACCGAGAGCCCCAAACCUCAAUCCCUCGAUGUGGUGGCCGCCAUGGCCUUGGCCUGUCUUAGACAGCUGCCUGGGAUAGGGAAGACGUUCGACUUAAAGAGCGCAUACAGGCAAAUGUUUGUGUCUCCAGACGACCUCAAGGAAGCUUACAUUGCAUACUUCAGCCACCGCGAACGCAAAGUGAUCGUAAGGCAAAUGCUUGCGCUCCCAUUCGGGGCGACCAGAGCGGUGUUCUCGUAUUUGAGAGUGGCGCACUCUAUGUGGUACAUUGGGUGCUGGGCACUGAAGUUGAUUUGGUCACAUUUCUUCGACGACUUUCUGAGUCUGACGACUCAGAUCGAGGCCAAAGCAGUUGACCUGGCAAUAUCAUCAUUGUUCAGGUUGCUAGGGUGGAAAGUCUCGGAGGACAAAGACAAGCCCUUUGCUGAGAGUUUUGCUGCGCUUGGGGUACGGGUUAGCUUUGAACGAUUUUUGCAAGGGGAAGUCCUGUUCCAUAAUACGGACAAGCGCAUCUUGGAGGUUUCGGCCACGCUGCGCCAUGCAGCUGAUGAUCCAGCUCUCACCCAGAAGGACCUGUCGCGCAUUCGGGGUCGCAUGGUCUUCGCAAGGGGCCAGCUCUUCGGAAGAGCCGGCCGGCUAUGCGUAGCCGCCCUAGCUGGUGAAGGUUGCUCGACCAAGGCAAACCUUAGCAACGACGCAAAGCAAGCCAUGCUUCAGUUUGCCGACCUGCUUGAAGCCAAUUGGCCGCGCGUGCUGAGAGAUGUGUCGGCAGAUCCAGUGUAUAUCUUCACUGAUGCCUCGUAUUCCGAGGUGAGUGGAGGUACUUUCUGCGGCAUAGGCGGAGUCUGCUUUGACCACAAAGGUCAUCCCCUUGGAUUUCUCUCCGAAGAAUUGUCCUGUUUCCAGAAGCGUCUACUAGGAGAGGGCAGGUCCAAGACCAUCAUCUUCGAGGCGGAACUUGCAACAAUCGUGAUCGCUUAUGUCUUAUGGAAAGAUUGGCUUAGGGGAAAACCUGCUGUGAUUUUUGUGGACAAUAACUCCGCUAGAGACGUGUCAAUCAGUGGCACAUCACGGAAUGAUGUAGGCAAAUCGCUUGCAUCACUUCUUUUAACAGUGGAAUCCUUAGCCAAAACUUUUUCGUGGUUCGCUCGUGUUCCGUCACCAGCGAACAUCGCAGACACGCCUUCGCGUGAAGUGCUAAAAAGCUUCACCGUGUCAGGCUGCCCCGCCCCUCACUUCCCGUGCGAGGACAUCGUGUCCGAAGUCUUGGGCAUCCUAGUCAAGUAA